AUGUUGGAAGAAAAGGAUAAGGACGAAGAAAUCAUAGAAUUUCUUGAAAACUACGAAUAUUCAGAAUCUUUAAGUAUUUUUUUUUCAUUAAGAAAAGAUUGUUUGGGGGUGAUUGACCCUCCUAUAGUAUUAGAACAUCAAAUACAAAAAAGUGAUGGAAGUAGAAUAUCAAUUCAAGAUUUAGAGAUGCUGGUUAAAGAUGGUGAAUUAAGAAAAUUAAAGGUACCUAGAUCGAUACCUUCUAAAAAUAUGACAUCAUGCAUAGGUUAUAGUUUAAAGAGUGAUAUUUUCAGAGUUUUGAAUAUUAGAAUUCGAGAAAAGUAUUUAAAUCUGGAAAAUCAAGUAAAUGGAUGUUUUUUGGAUUGUCUUUUUAAUGGUGAAAAGAGGGUAUCUUUAUUACAAGAGAUUUCAAGGUUAAUUAAAGUAGUUUUUCAAGAUUUUAAGACUAUUAGUGCAAAUAACAAACAACUUUCAGAUCAUCUAUCUUUGAUAUCUAAUAGUUGGAAAAGUGAAUACAGAAUUUGUGAAAACCAUAACAAAAUCUUAGAUGGAGAUUUUUUGUUAGAUAUAUUAAUUAGGUUUGGUAUUUUAAGACGUGAUGCUUCAGAUUUACAUAAUUUAAUAUUUACAACACCUUCUAUGGGCUUAUUUAUCCAGUUUCUUGAGUCUGGAAAUAGUAUAAUUGUUAAUUCUUUAAGAAGGAGUAAAUACAAAGAGCUUUUUGAAGACAAAUUCUACUCUCUUAAACUCGGUAAGUCUCUACUUCCUAUUGAUUUUCAUUUAAAAGAUUUACAUGGAACUGGAAUAAUAAAAAGAAUGUAA